CGCAGCUACCCAGAUGAAAAAGGGACGCCGGCGGAGAUAGCUAUUUCAGACCGACCGUCGCCAGAUGCCCUGGAUCCCUCUGAUGCGCCCACUGCUCUGCACCCGAUUAUCGACGCAGCAAUGCCGUAUGCGAGAUCCGAUACCAGUCUGAUGGCUGAGCAAGAUGUUCCAAGUCCCGUUGAGGACCCAGCGGACGCGAAUCCACCGGCCUCGAACCCCGAUGCUCCGCCAAAAAAGAUUCGCAGUCGGGCCACCACAGCGUGCAGCACCUGCAGGGCGAGGAGGACAAGAUGCGAUGGGCGCCGACCUGUGUGCGGCUUCUGUAGCAACCGCGGACUCGAGUGCCACUAUGAGCACAACCAGACCAGCUCCGCGUCUAGAGUGGAGGCAGAGCUCGCUGCAAUCAACCGCCGGCUGGACUCCAUCGCCUACUCCUUGCAGGCAGCUCACCCAACCUACGCGCAUCACCAACAGCCCUCCCCGGUCGUUGACGCGGAUGACCAGAGUCGCGCCGAAAGCCAAGGCUGCCAAGCCGUGACAGGGGUGGAGAGAUCGCCAUUCCAACUGCUCGUGACCGAUUGCAUCAUGGAGGUUCUCGGCCUUGGUCCGGGGUUUGCGCGGGAGCUGGUGCGGCUUGAGAGAGGCAAUGCGCCACAUGCAGGCGUCGGCCACGCCGCGAGGCUGCGCUUUGUACAGCAACAACAAGCACUCGCGGCCCUGGAUGCCUUCUCCGCCCACGUCCACAGCUGGUACCCGAUACUUCUCCCAGGCUUCUCGGAGCGCUACAUUGGCGUACUUUCCGGUCCUUUGGGCCCCGGUUCCGAGUCUUGCUUGGUGCUUUCAGUUGCUGCAGUGGGUGCCCUCGCUCAAGAUGAUUAUGCGCUACGAGCAGGGACACUAUCAUCAGACUGCAGAACCGACAGCGAGCUCUAUUUUGAAGCCGCCACUGCGUCGCUGCCGGCUGUGCUCGUCGAUGACAGUAUCGAGAGCAUCCAAUCGUUGGUCCUGUUGAGCAUCUACUACUGCUGCCUUUCCAGGCCCUGUCAGGCCUACGACUAUGUCAUGAUUGCCUCCUUCAAGGUGCAGAACCUGCUGAAAUGUGUGGACGAGGGCAACGACGAGCUGUACGAACAGGCAAAGAGGUGUUACUGGGCGGUCCUGUUGAUAGAGAGUGAACUCCGCGAUCAGCUUGACAUGGUCGACAGCGGGAUAUGGAACUACGACGACACGGUCAACUUGCCCGACAGCCGCGCUUCAUGGCAGUUCGAUCUCGGUGCUGGCUCUCCGGCGGUCACCACGACAGCCUCUCCCGGCAGCAUCAUCAGCAGCGCAUUGCCAGACAGCAGCGUGUCUGCUUCGGACAAGGCCCAGGCAUACUUCCUUGCCGAGAUUGCCAUGAGGCGCAUGCUACAUCGCUGCUACACUGCCAUCCGCAGAACGCCUCGGGGCAAGAUCGCCUACGCGCCAGCCAUUGCGCUCGAGCUCGAGACGCAGCUCGAUGAGUGGCAGAGCUUCCUACCCGACGCGGUCCAUUUCCAACACCUGGCUGCCCUCGAGCCUCUCAGCAACUUUCUGCGAGUCCAGUACUACUGCUGCAAGAUAUCCAUCUACUGGCCGGCGGUGUAUCAGUGCAUUCAGGACGGCAGAGCCACCACCACAGAGUUACUCGAGCACUGCGAGAGAUUCUUUUACGCAUAUAUGCAGUCGAUUCCCAGCUUGUUGAUGGCCGUUCAAGACUGCAUCGUCAACCGCUGGACGCUCUAUGCCACCAUCUUCAUGACGUCGAUGGUGGUCAUCCAGGCCGCGGGAACGCCCUGUCUGCGGAGCGGAUGUGCGGUGGACUGGGCAACACUCCUGGCCUGCCUGCAAUCGACAAGGUCGGUGGACAUGCGCAUCGUGCAGGCCAGCCCUUCGUUGACACUGUUGCACCGCACCCUCACCGAUCGGCUGGCAGAGGCAUACCCCGACGACUAUGCACUUCCAAGCCAUCCCAGACCUUGAUCGUCUCAAACACGGCACUGCCCACGCUUCCCAUCGCAAAGGCCGUCAGGCCUCCCAAGUCCGGGCUGGCGCCCGAGUACACCAUGGUCGCGAGUGCAAAACGGUCAUUUGCGAACACCUCGAGGAUGUCUCCAUCCGAAAAGAUCCGAAUACAAAGUUUCUCCAGACUAUCUCUUCCCUCGGCGUCGCGCGUACUGAGUAGAGUGAAGGGGCCAGCAUCCGGACACUUGUUGAUUGCCGGGUCGUUGCUAGAUGCAUGACGAUCGACGACGAUGGUCUCGGUCGCGGCUGAGAAUGUAACUGUGGUACAGAUGGACAAAUCUGCGUUAUGACGCAAGUGGAAGCCAAC